AUGCAGUAAAAGUAGGUUGAGGUAGCAAGGCUGACAUAUGCUAAAAACAUUCAAAGAUGUCUAAGCAUCCAUGGAUCGAUUGGAUCAGGAGAAGGAAUGAGCAAUGAUGAAUAGCCAGAAGCAUUCAAAGACUAUGAUCCUGUUGGACUUGCUCACUGCAUUACACAUAAUACGGAUAAGGUGGACAGAAGAUUCUUUGGAUACUACAAUAACCAGAAAUUAAGACUAAUUAUGCAAACCAAUGAGAGACUAUCAAAUUUAUCGAAAUCAGUGGGUUUAGUCAAAAAGAUAACAUUGGACAUUAAGAAUGUGAUGGUGGAUGAUGAGAGUUUAGUCACUGAUAUAGAUAAGGGAUUAAUAAAAAAUCAGACUAUGCUCUCUUAGACAAUGGGCCGUAUAGAUAAAAUGCUUACUAGUGCUAGUGGGAAUAGAACAUCUUAAAAUACCAGAUCAGUUUUUUUGAGGAGUCUAGUUGAAGCACCAUAUGUAUCUAGCAAACCUCCAAAGUCUCACAGAGGAUAUUCUUCUCAUACCGCCUCUCAUCAGGGAAUAGAUUACUACAAGUCUUUGCAGCUUAACGCCCUCAUAGAUUAGAAGUCAAUCAAACCUUUGCGAAGAGUAUAAGUUGAAAGAAUUCAUAAGAUCCUUGAGUCCUAAUUGGACAAAGACCUAUAUGAAAUUAUAAAGAAAAAAAUGGCAGUAAGGCUUCCUAAGAUUCUGACUCAGAAAAAUGUAGAUGAAAGCAUAGCAUCUAAUUAGGUGAAAAAUGAGAUAAAAAGGAGGAGAAAAAUAAGAAGAGAUGUUAAAAAGCAGUUUAAACUCGAUCUUAGAACAAGUUCAUUCCCAAAAACAUACACUGCAAAUUACUUUGAUUCAUAUGAUCCUGAAGGGAAGAAUAUAAUAAACGAGGAAUCUUCAUCUGCAAGAAAAAGUGCUCGAGCUUAGAUUAACUUGCUAAUAGAAAAGUCACAAAGAGAUAGUUCCCCCUCUUAGAAGAGUAAAGUUCAGUUUUAAAAUUAAAAGUUGAGAGGCUCACAGUCAUAAUAAGCUUUAAAUUUCAUUAAUCAAGAAGAUCAUUUAGAGGUUUUUAAUUUCCAUACUUAAGAUCAUGCAAAUACAAAGAAUAUGACCCUACGAUAGCUGAUUGAAAAAAGAAAAGCAAAUGCAGGGUCACAAACUGAUAUAAAUUUUGUAAUAGCUAACAAUUAAGAAGAAAAAUCAAACCAACAAAGUAAAAUUAUAAAUUAAAAAUCAGGUAAAAACAUCAUCAUUCAGCAGAAAAGUAUAAUCCCAGAAGCUUAGUUCUAAUUUGAUUUAACUGAUUAAAAUACUACAUAAUUCUAAUAUCAAUCUUGGAAAUCUGACCAACAGGAUGAAGUUAAUAAGAUUCUCAGAAAAACAUACACUCAAUAAAGCAACCUCAGUCUUUAAAAUGAAUAAAAAAUCUAGUAAUAUUUGAGUUCACUGAGGACAACUAAAGUAAAGUAGUUUGAAUUUGAUGGGUUGGCGAGAGAAAAACCAUUUUAUGAGAAAAUUGAUAUUGAAAAACUGCUCUUAUAAGCCAAAAAAAUGGAAAAGAAAAAGCAAUUGUUUAAAGUUUGA